CUUUCUGCCGCUUGCUAAAUAGUGAUCGAGCGGAAUAUGAGCGGCGCUGUUCGCCGUUGGGACUUCCUGCCAAAUACCGAGAUCCCCCCGUUGACCUGUUUUUUCCACAGACGGAGCCGUUACAGCAGAGUAAUUUGAGCGCGAACAGUAUUUUGUCUUUGUUUUGCGCUGAGGUGUUAAAUUUAACGGCACAAUACGCGUAUGUACGUCGGUAAAUUAAUAAAACAUAAUCUGCAUUGCAGUGAGGACGUUGGCGCGGCAGGCGGCGCGCUCUUUAGAAAGCUAUGGAGAACUGUAUGUGUAUUGGCUGAUCCAGAGUCAGAUGUUAGCUGUUGCCCGCGGUGAUGGAGAGGCCGAUCUGAAUAGAAAGCUGAUCUGGGAGCAGCUAUCGUGUUGCUGUCACAUCCGUUGGUGGAGGCGCGGCGCAUUUGGGGGCACGCGUUCGUUUUUAUGUCAAAAAACGUCCCCGUCGGGCGGUGUUAAACGCAUUUUAAACGGACAUUGAUCCAAAUGAGGCGACAGCGUCGUCCGCCCGGAGAACUCUGGUGAUAAAAACAUAGCGACAAGCUGGUAAAUGUACAAUCAGAGCAGCAGCGGAGGAAUGUGUGGUGAAAAACGAAAACCGGAGUAUUUUACCGCCCCGGUAACGCGUCGACUUCUUCUUACCUGGAGCCCAUGAUAGCGCAGACACGUAGUUACACUCAACACCGCGGGACACCCUGGAAGAGACGGAGAAACCUCAGGAAGACGCCGGCCAACAUGGAGUCGAAGUGAAAAUCGUUACGGCAAGAUGUGAGAUGAACCUGGAGAAAACCGCGACCGAGGCCAACGACAUCAUGUUGGUCCGGAGCUCGCACGGCCGGGGCCGGGCCAAAGUGACUCAUGCGGUGGUGGUGAUCUUCCUGGAGUUCUUCGCCUGGGGGCUGCUGACCACGCCCAUGCUGACCGUCCUCCAUGAGACGUUCCCUCAGCACACCUUCCUGAUGAACGGCCUGGUUCAGGGGGUGAAGGGCUUCCUGUCGUUUCUGUCGGCACCUCUGAUUGGUGCGCUGUCAGACAUCUGGGGCAGGAAGUCCUUCCUCCUCAUGACGGUCUUCUUCACCUGCGCCCCCAUCCCUUUCAUGAGGAUCAGCCCGUGGUGGUAUUUCGCUCUGAUCUCCGUCUCUGGGAUUUUUGCUGUGACCUUCUCGGUGAUCUUCGCCUACGUAGCUGACAUCACAGAGGAGCACGAGAGGAGCACGGCCUACGGACUGGUCUCGGCGACCUUCGCGGCCAGUUUGGUGACGAGCCCGGCCAUCGGGGCGUAUCUGUCCGCGCAGUACGGCGACAGCCUGGUGGUCCUGAUCGCCACGGUGAUCGCCGUGGCCGACAUCGCCUUCGUGUUCUUCGUGGUCCCGGAGUCGCUGCCGGACAAGAUGCGGCUGACGUCCUGGGGCUUCCCCAUCUCCUGGGAGCAGGCCGACCCCUUCGCCUCUCUGCGUCGAGUGGGGAAAGACAGCACAGUGCUGCUGAUCUGUGUCACGGUGUUCCUGUCCUACCUGCCUGAGGCCGGACAGUACUCCAGCUUCUUCCUCUACCUGAGACAGGUGAUUGAGUUUUCUCCUGCAGCCAUCGCUGCCUUCAUCGCCAUGGUGGGAGUCCUCUCUAUAGUCGCUCAGACUCUGUUCCUCGGCAUUUUAAUGAGGACCAUCGGUAAUAAGAACACAGUUCUUCUGGGUCUGGGCUUUCAGCUCUUCCAGCUGGCCUGGUACGGCUUCGGCUCCGAGCCUUGGAUGAUGUGGGCAGCAGGAACAGUAGCAGCCAUGUCCUCCAUCACAUUCCCAGCAGUCUCUGCUCUGGUGUCACACAGUGCGGCACCUGACCAGCAAGGUGUGGCCCAGGGGAUGAUCACAGGUAUCAGAGGUCUGUGUAACGGGUUGGGUCCCGCUCUCUACGGCUUCAUCUUCUUCCUCUUCAACGUGGAGCUCAACGACAUGGAGCCGGUGGCGGGACGACCCGCUCAGAGCACUAAGAAGUCGGUCAUCCCCGGCCCGCCCUUCCUGUUCGGAGCGUGUGCCGUCUUACUCGCUCUCCUCGUGGCCGUCUUCAUCCCCGAUCACCCGGUGACCGACAUCAAGACCUGCUCCGUCCGCAAGUCCAGCAGCUCCUCUGCUGCGCACGCUCAGAGCGCCGGCCCCCUGGCCACGCCCACGAGCGACGCGGAGGACAUCGAGCCGCUCCUGCAGGACAGCAGCAUGUGACUGACGGCCGGCCCGGCCAAUCACAGCACUGGGGCCUGAAGCCCUGUCUGCUAGUCCCGCCCCCCUUGAGAAGAAAUCUUUCCCAGCUUUUUAUUUUUUUAUUUCUACAGACUGUUCAGAUAAGAGAGUCAGGUAACGUUAGGCGGCCAUCACACUGACCAGCUUCAUUUCGUUACUGACGUUUAUCCCCUUUGAUGAACUCGUCGUUUCACUUCGGCUCCUAACGAUUUAGAUUCUAACUUGAAAUGCCAGAUAUAAACGGGCCGGUAGUCUGGUUCUGUUCUGGUUUCCUUUCUCAGACCUAGAAAGGUAAACUGCUUCUUCGUGGUCGUCGUCCCUCCGCAGCUGCUGAAAUCUAAAUCUUGGUUUCCCCCGUCGUUAAUUUUCAUGCAGCCCCUGCUGGUUUUUUACAGCAACAUACAACUUUUAUCUUAUUAAAAUGACGUGUUUUUCCACUUUUGAUGAAGCUCUGCUCAGUUGUUUUAUACACCUAAAGCCUUUUGGACAGAUUUAACCAAAGGGCUUCAAACCCUCAGUGGGACCAGUAACAGGAAGUCCAAACGAGAGCGAGAAGCAGAGAAAACAACAAUCGUGUUUGUGUAGGGCCCCGUCGCCGAAUCACAAAAUAUGUGUUUAGGGACUUCUAACAACAAAACAAAUUGUUUACUGCUGUCGGUUGUUUGUAUUUUCCCUCCGCUGUUUUUAGUUCCUCUUUUGUAAGACGUUUGCGAGUCGCAGCUGCUACAGGUGUGAACUCCAGCCUCCUUCAUCUGGUGUAGAUACUCUUGACGGGGUCAUGAAACGCUGACGGGGGGGCGAACGCUUCGUGAAAACGUAUCGCUUGUGAGUUAUCUCUGUGAAGUGCGACGCUCCCGGCGGCGGCCUUUCAGUUUCUGAAAUCAACUCACGUUUUUCGAAGCCGUCAGUCUGGUUGCCGCCUAAACACGCUGGGGUCAGUUUGCCUCCCCUCUCUCUGUGCACAUGCUUCACCCUAACUCCACCCGUCGGGUCUGCAGAGGUCACAAGCUCAAACGCUCCUCGCUGUACAGGACCAGCAGCGAGGAGGAGGGUGUGAAUUCACUGCACAGCCGACUGUCCCCAAAAGGACGGACUUUUCACCGGGACAAAGACACACGGGGAGAGGACGGUGAGGUCAGAGCUGCUCGGCAUUGUGGGACACGCAGGAGAGGAAGUCAUCGCCUGCAGGGGGCAGCGUCGUUCUGUCUGUCUGUCGCUGCUGUUUGUCUCCACAUGCUGACAGUUUACACAAAUAUCAGGACUGUUACCGCAACAACUCGCUCACACUGAGCAUGUGCAAGCUCCGGCCGUCUGUGACAUCAUCCUCCUCCUCCUGCUGGAGGAAACGGCGUCCGGUCGGAAACCUGGAUUAUAUUUAUGAAAUGAAACAGUUUGAAGUGCUUCUGCGGCGCCAGGAGGGUGUACGGGAAAAAAAUUAUUUGUAUGCACGAUUUACUAACUUGCUGCUGUGGGUUUUAAUAUCGGUUUAUAUAUUUUUUUUGCCAAAGUUUUUAUAGCAAAAACAUCUUUUAUCCUGUAAAAAGCUAGCCUGUAAAAAGUUCGCCACACACCUGAGUUUAGAGAGUGAAGGAAACCCGACACGAAGCUGAAAAGUUAAAUCCAGAGCUGCUGAAUCGUGCACACCGAUUGGUUUCUUUCUUCCCCGGCUCCGUGCGCUCGGUUGAUCUCAUCAGAUCUUUCUCCUCAUCUGUUCUUAAGGUGUUUUAAAUACUUGAAGUGUGUUGAGCCUGUCUGAUAUUUUCAGGCUGCUGUGAGCUGAAAGGGCUCCUCCCUAACACCGCCCGCCCGCCCGCCACUCCAGGCAGCACAAAUGAAGCGCUCUGAGUUACUGAUGUAGUUUGAACAUGUAUUUCCAGCCCAGGCCCGACGGCCCGGACCUUCGUCUGUGUAAAUGAAAGCUCUGAUCUCGU